AUGAAUAUGAAUGAUUUUUGUGAUAAUAGAAAAUCAUGUUUAAAGAAAAAAAAGAAAAUUGAAAAAUGCUAUAACGUAUGGGAAAGCAUUUUUAGUAAAACUACAGGUUGUAGCAAAGAUGAAAUUAGAAAAAAAGUUGCUAAAAGAAAAAGAGAUAAGGAAAGACUAUUAUCAAUUUUAUACGGUAGUGUAUUUAAAGGAAGAAAGUAUCUAUUAUAUUCAAGAAAGUGGAGAGGGAAAACAUUAAGUGAAAUAAUUAAUCAAGAUAAAAAAAAUUAUUUGAAUUUAAAGCAUUUAAAAAAUGUAGACAAUAGCUAUUUUUGUAAAUUAGCUAUUGGCUAUGUAGACCAAAAUGAUAAAAAUUAUUUUAAAAAGAAUGGAGAAAAUGUAUUUAUGAAAAAUGAAGUAAACACUAUGAAAAAAGUUCAACCUACUUUUAAUAAUACAACUAAUAAAAGAAAAGGAACUCACAUAGAAAAAAGUGGCACAAAUAAUGAUAUAGAAGAAGUAUAUGAUAGAUUAAACUUUUUAGAAAAAAGAAGUUAUAAAAAUAAAUACAAAGAUAACAAUAAUUUAAGUAUGAACUAUCCAUAUAAUAAUCGUUUACCGAAUGAUAAAUGUUAUGAAGAUAAUUCAGACGAAAGUAAAGUAGUGAAAUAUAAAUAUUUACCUACUGGAGUUUUUUAUAGUAGGGUAUCAAAAUCUUUUAUAGCUAAUUGGAUAGAUGAUAAAACAAAAAAACAAAUUAAAAUACCAUAUAAAAUAUCAGAGUUUGGUGUUGAAAAGUGUAUGAUUUUGGCUAUAUUAUCUAGAAAUUUAAGAAUAAGUAAUUUGAAUAAUGUAUUAAAAUAUUAUGAUAAUUUAACAUUAGAUCAAAAAGAAAAAAUGUUACAAGCUAUUAGAACCACUCAAAAAAGCGAAAAAUUAUUCAAUGAGAUACUAAAACAGAAUAACAAAGAUAUUACCAAUAUAGUAAAUAGUAACAAUGUAGUAAGCAAAAAUAAUGAAAGUGAUCAAAAAAAUAUAUCUUUAAAAAAAAAUCUUAUUGAAAAAAAAAAAAUAAAACAGUCUUAUAAUAAUUCAGAGAAGUUGCCAACAGGGGUAUAUUUUUACCAAGGUUCUUAUGUUGCUAAUUGGUGGGAAACGAAUCAAAAAAAACAGUUUAAAGUUCCAUUUAAAAUAUCUGAAUACGGAAUAACAAGAGCUAAAAAUUUAGCCAUUAUUUCUAGAUUAAUCAGAUCAUCAUCUGCUCAAGAAGUUAAUUUACUUUUAACUCAAAUGGAACAAAAUAAAAAUAUUACAAAAUUAAAUUACACUACUAUCUCAAAUUUAGCUUUUAAAUAUAUCAAAAAUCAGCCAAAAAAAGAUUUUUAA